GGCGCAUGCGCAGCGGAUGUUUGACGACGUGUACCGGCUGAGUCCAAGUCGUCGCGUCCUCGGAAUAAUCAGCUCGCCGCAAAAGCUGCAAGAUCGCGAAAGCCUCGAGAGCGCGACAGCAGCCGCAAAAUCGCGACAGCAUGGGAGGUUCGCAGAGCGUGGAGAUCCCGGGAGGCGGCUCGGAGGGCUACCACGUCCUCCGGGUUCAGGAGAACUCUCCGGGUCACCGAGCAGGACUGGAGCCUUUCUUUGACUUCAUCGUCUCCAUCAACAACACCCGACUGAACAAGGACAAUGACACCUUGAAGGACCUUCUCAAAGCCAGUGUGGAGAAACCGGUCAAGAUGCUGGUGUACUCCUCAAAGACGCUGGAGCUGCGGGAGUCCACAGUCACACCCAGCAACCUGUGGGGGGGCCAGGGCUUGCUCGGGGUCUCCAUUCGCUUCUGCAGCUUCGAAGGAGCCAACGAGAACGUUUGGCACGUUCUGGAAGUGGAGCCCAAUUCCCCCGCAGCCCUCGCCGGUUUGAGGCCGCACACGGACUACAUCAUCGGCGCGGACACUGUUAUGAACGAGUCCGAGGACCUGUUCUCCUUGAUCGAGAGCCACGAGGGGAAGGGCCUGAAGCUCUACGUGUACAACACCGACACCGACAACUGCAGAGAGGUGGUCAUCACACCCAACGGCGCCUGGGGAGGAGAGGGCAGCCUCGGAUGCGGGAUCGGCUACGGAUACCUCCACAGGAUUCCCACGCGACCUUUCGAGGAGGGGAAGAAGAUCUGCUUCCCGGGAACCACUUCCGGCGAGCCCGUCGCUCCUCUGAAGGACGGCUUCACCGAGGUCCAGUUGUCGGCCGUGACCCCGCCUCGCGGUGACCCCGCGCUCCCCUCCGGCCUUGAAGACUCGCUGUCUGGCCUGUCAAUCAGCGCAGCCCCGCCCCCCUCCAUGCCGAGCGAGCUGCAGACGGGUUUGCCCACCGUCCCUCUGCUGCCCUCGUCCGGCCCGUCCCUCGGCCCCCUCGCGCCCCUGAAUCCUGCCACGGCCAGCUUCAACCCCGCCACCACGUUACCAGGCUUGAUGCCCCUCCCGGCUGGCUUGCCUCCGCUUCCCAACCUUCCGAAUCUUCCCAAUCUCAACCUGCCGCUCCCGGACCUCGGCGCCAUCUCACUAGCGGGCAGCGGCAACUUAAUGCCGGCCGGAACCACGGUCCCUCCACUGUCGGCUCCCCUCAACAUCCCCGGCCUGGCGCCUCUGCCCCCUUUGCCCGCCAUGCUGCCCUCCCAGCUGACUCCCCUCCUGCCUCAGGGCGGGGCCCCCGUUCUGCCCGCGGGCGACGCCGCAAACGUGACGGAACUGCGGCCUCCCGCGGCGACGACGCCCGCGUCCUCGUAACCUGCGAACGUGUAUCGCUGUUAACCAUCCGACCAAAACACACGGCCCCUUUUCUCUUUCCUCUCUCGUUGGUCUUUCUCCGUUUGGUUUUCUAUUUAUUCGGCCGAGAGGGCCGGGCCGCGCCCGGUCCGGGAUUCCGGGCGCGAGCCAGGUCAAUGCGGAACACGUCUCGGUAAAGCGAGCGUCGCGUUGCCGUGGAGCGGGUCGCGCUGCAGCUUGCCUUCGAUAACUCUUCACUUUGCGAUUGACUUCUGUGACUUCAUUUUUUGAUUGUGUUUUCCCCCCCCACCUUUCUGCUGUGUCAUUUCUUCUGUUUUAAGUUUGAGAACGUGUUCCAGAAUUCACUGAAGUAUUCGUUCAAUCUCCUUUUUUAUUGCCAUCAUAUAUGCGCAAACGAGCCUUUCGUAAUGGUCAGUCGUGCGGCCUAACACAGAAAACACAACUGUUCUACUAAUCUUGGGACGUUCAUUGUGCAAGGUGAAUUGAUAUAAAAUACUCAAUCAUUAAGAAUCUCUGUGCAGCCUUGCUUCGCUGACUUCACAAGUCGAAUAUCGUCAAAUCGUGUUGGUUCUCGACACGCGCUGAAAUAUUUCAUCCCAAAAAUUCCGUCUCAAGACAUUUGAGUGUUGGCGUCGUCAAAAUGAUUUGAAAUCUCGAAGUGAGGUGGGAAUGAGCCUUUUGAAGUGUAUUUCUACAAUUGUAUGCGGGAGUCACUUUUUGUUUUGAACUACUGAACUCGAUGAUGAGUUUGAGAAGUCCCAGCACGCUGCAGAAAUGCAAAAUCUUAGUGAAUUUCUUUCUUUGAGGGAAAACAUUUGACACUUGGAACUUUUUGUCUCCAUUUUCAGCGAGAAAAAAAGACUUGUUUGAAAAUCCAAGAUCGUCUUUUUCAGAAUCUUAUCAAGUCCAUUCCAUUGGCAUUUUGUGGAAUUGCUUUCACUCGAGACAUUUUGUCCCUGAAAUAACUUAACAAACGUCUGCCAACUCGAACUUGUUAAUGUAACAUUUUGUUUCGAACGAGUCUUUCGUCCCGCUGCGCAUUUUAUCCAAAACGAAGUCACAACUGCCUUCAAAGAAAUAACGGUGAAGGUGUUUUCACAAGAAUUCACUUAAGAGUUUGAGUUGCUCCAAAGAGGUCGUCAUCGAUGAUGAAUACGUUAUCAUUACCGUGUGAUUGUUUUUUUUUUUUUUUUUUAAUUAAUUGUUAUUUUGAAAUGAAAUGCUUGUUUAUUUUUUUCUUUUUUUAUGUCCAGCCUAGCUAGCGUCAACCCCGGAAAGUCCGCUCGCAUGCGUUCGUUCCACGCGCAGCUGUGAUGUGCCUCAGGAGCGACGAGGGUGACUCGAUUCAAGAGUUACAAGUUCCGCUGGUUAGCCACAAGAUGUCACUGUAAACAAGGAAACUGAAAGGAUCUCCGCCGGUAUGCCGAGUGCAAGCAAUAAAGCCAAACAAAUGUUUGACGACGAGUUGCGAGGGCAAUGGCCACUUCUCCCUUUGGUGCUUUUUGUCCA